ACCUGCCGGAAAGAGACGAGACAUUACGGAGUCACACGGAAAAUAAGGAUCUAAGCGCAUGCGAAGAUUGAGUUGACAGAGCAGAAGACAAUACACAAAUAUUUGUUAUUGUUUUGGACAUAUUCAGUUUAAGAGUUGUGAAAAUUGACAAUUGGUUAGCGGAUGAUUAUGAAGAGACGGAAUGUCGAUUGCGGCAAAAUUCGACGGAUCCCCAAAAGAACAAAAAUAACGGACGGUUUCUACGGAAGUACCUUUUUGUACCUGAAGUUUUUGAUGGUUUGGGCCCUGGUCCUGAUGGCAGAUUUUAUACUAGAGUUCCGAUUUGAGUAUCUGUGGCCAUUCUGGUUAUUGGUUAGAAGUGUCUACGAUUCAUUCAAAUAUCAAGGAUUGGCAUUUUCCGUGUUUUUCGUGUGCAUUGCUGUCACCUCAGAUGUGGUGUGCUAUCUGUUUAUACCUGUACAAUGGUUAUUUUUUGCUGCCAGUACUUAUGUCUGGGUCCAGUAUGUAUGGCAUACAGAAAGAGGAAUAUGUCUUCCUACAGUUUCUCUAUGGUUGCUGUUUGUCUACAUAGAAGCUUCAGUGAGACUGAGAGAAUUGAAAGCUUUACCAUUUAAUCUUGAUCUCUGUAGACCAUUUGCAGCUCACUGUAUUGGUUAUCCUGUUGUUACACUAGGUUUUGGUUUUAAAAGUUAUGUGUCUUACAAGUUUAGAUUGCGCAAGCAGAAAGACGUUCAGAAAGAAAAUGAAUUUUAUUAUAAUUUAAUAAACCAAGCACUGCCCACAGAAUUACAAAAUCAGUAUAUAGAAAAACAGAAAGCUUUACCAGCUAAAUCAGAAGAGGAAGUAAUCUCAAAUGGAGUUAUAGGAAAACAGAAGACAGAAGAUACAAAGAAAUUAAAAGAUAUAGAAGAAGAUGAAGAAAUAGAAUUUAUAGAGCAACCAAAGUCUAAAAAUGAUGUCAAUAAUUUUAAUGAAAGUGCUGAGAAUAUUAAAAAUGAACAGCAAUCUUCUAAGUCUUUUAAAUCAAACAGUGUCUCAACAAAAUCCUCCUCAUCUUCUAAACUCAACAGUGCUAAAGACAAUAGAAAGGGAAAGAAAGACGUCAAUAAGGAGGUGCCACCCACACCUGUCACAUUAAUUAAUAAUAAAGACGAAUUUAUAGUUAGGUUAGAAACAGAUGUAAAGAAAUUAAAGACAGACCUACAAUCCAGUAGGAAUUGUGAACAGGAAUUAAAAUCACAGAUAACUACAUAUCUUUUAGAAGACAAAAGUCUUAGAUCAGAAUAUUAUAAACUACAGAUAGAUAACGAAAAUCUUCAAAAUAAACUUCACAAUCUUGUUACAAGUAGGCAGCAAGACAAACAGAAUAUCUCACUUUUAGAAAAGAAAAUGAACGAAGAAAGAAAGAUGAGAGCGGGUAUAGAACUACAGUUGAACACAGAACGUAAAGCUAAAAAGGCAGAAGAGGCUGCUGCAGCCCGGGCUAUGGCAGUGGCUUCUACACAGAGAAUUGAAUGUUCAGAACAGUGUAAAUCUAAACAGAGAAAUAUAGAAACAGAAAUAAAACAGUAUCAACGAGAUCUCAAAAUGAAGGAAGAACAAUACAGACAGUUAGAAUAUGAAAAUCAGAAACUUCGACAGUUAAAAGAUCAACAAAAUGAAACAGAUGUGUUGAUGUCAGCUUUGUCAGCAAUGCAGGAUAAAAAUUCUCAUCUAGAAAACAGUCUUAGUGAAGAAACACGCAUCAAAUUAGAUUUGUUUUCAGCAUUAGGUGAAGCCAAAAGACAGAUUGAAAUACUCAAAGGUUAUCUUAUAGAAAAAGACAGAGAACUUGCUGAUAUCAAGUCCAAAAUAGCUGAAGCAAUGGCCUUACACAUGAUUCCCACUUCAUCAGCCUGUAUGAAUGGUACAGAUACAGUCAUGACCUCACCAUUGUAUUCAAGCAAACAACAGAAAGACGACGGCAUCGUUAAAUCUAAUCUGAACCCACAUGCAUCAGAUUACACUCCCAAAACUACCACAUAAAUUGCGAUGGAACAUUAUUAACAACCUUUUAGCUUCUGGACAUUUGUCUAUAGAUGUUUUCCUCAGUGUAGUAUGACUCUGGCAUCCCUCAAAUGCAUAUGGUUUAAAGUUUUAUAAACACAAAGACUACUCUGACAUUAUUUAUUAUGAAAUUUUAUAGAUUUUUUGUUAUGUUUGGAUAUUAAAAACUGAAAAUAUUUGAAAGUAAAAAAUAAUAUGGAAAUAUUAUUAUAGCUUUGUUAAAGAGACCACAAAAUGAUGUCAGACAUAUAUAUUGGUAUAAUCAGUUUGAACAAAACUAAAAUGAAUAAAUAGUUAAUGAAUUUGAUAUUUUAAUUUAAAGUAAACCAAUACUAUAAAUCCAUAUUUAUACUUUUUUUUAUUAAAAAAACUUUUUUCCAUAUUUUGCAUUUGAGGACGUUAUUUUAUUUUGUGUAACUUGUAUGCCAGUGUUUAUUUACUGAGAGUUAUCAGAAGCACUUUAAUUGCAACUUAUCUUGAUGAAGUAGAGGUUUUUCAGAACGUACAUUUUCACAAAACUAUAUUGUUAUAUCUAUUUGAGCAUUAAUAAAUAUUCUAUGCUUUUGAGAAGAAUAAUUGUGUUUGCAAGUCUUUUAUGAAUAUUAAAAACUUACCAUUCAGCUAAAUACAGUUAAUGAAUGAUCAUUGUAUUAAAGCUGUUCCAUGUUAGAACAUAAAAAUAUGUGUAAUUAUCAAAGCGUAUUAAAAUUUGAUUUUUGAAAGGUCAUGAGAAAACUUGUUCCUCAGAAAAAAACUUUAAUAUUUACAUAUACAUGUAGCUCAAAUUGUUUUUAUAUUGUUGAAAAUAUUGGCACUUUAGUGAAAUAAAAUUAAAUCUAAAUGAAAAUAUAAAUCCUCAGCUAUACAGCAUAACUAUCAGUUCUUCUUGACACAUAGUUUAUUGUCAAAAGUAUACUCUGAAAAAUCUAUGCUUCAUCAAGGUAGUUGUAAUUAACAAGAUAAAAUCCAUGACAGGGAAUGCUUUGGAAAGAAUAUUGGCUCUUUCUAUUUACUUAAAUGGCAAUGUUGCUGUGUUAACCCUGCUGAAAGAACUGUUUGUGUUUGAAAUAGGGAAAACAGUGAUAAUUGAAAUAUGAAAGAAAUGCUUAUUAAGAUUUUCUUGAGUUUUCAUAGCCACUAAUCUGCUGCAAGUAUACUGCUAUUUAAGAUAUUAAAAAUAAUACGAAAAGUAUUUUAUUUAUUUGCAAUAACUGAAAUGCGAGGAAACAAAUUUUAUAUAUUGUUGCCUCGCUCAAAAAUAAUAUAUACAAUGUACUAAAACAAAUAUUUGGCAGGUCAUUGGCUAUGAAUAUUUAUGAAAAUUUCAAUAAAGAUAUUGUGUCUCCCAAAGACUAUUCUAUUUUAAGGGAGAUAGUAUAAAAUAUUGUUAUUCUUGCCAAAUAUGAAUGAACGAAAAAGUGCUUUGAAAUAGGAACGUUGCAUCAUUCUUUGUAUGACUAUAAAUUGCAUUAUACUUAAUAUUUUAUAUUUAUAAAUUUAUUUUUUAAUUUUUGAUUAGUUUGGAAAAAAAUUCAGUCAGCACCUUUACAAUAUUUAUAUUGAUACAUGAUUAUUGCCCUGACAAACUGAUCAAAAUGUAAAAAUACUGAAAAGUUUGUGUAAAAAAAUAUAUUUUUUCAGUUUAGAUUUGACUGUUUUUCAUAUCAAUUCAUCAUUUUAAAUAUUGGAAGAAUUUUAAUCAUAAAAGGACAGAAUACAUAUGUCCCUAUGCUUUAACCACAAAUUCGUUGGUUAGAAACAAUUUUAAAGGAGUUUCAAUUAAAGUUUAUUAUGGCUAUCAUGAUAUGCCAAUAGAACUUAUUUUAACAAAAAUAAUACAAUUUUUACCAUACUGAAUUGUCAUAUCAUGUCAUUUUAUUCUCAUAGUAUUGUUAAAGAAGCAUUCUUAUGCUAGUCAUCAAUACAUUGGCUAGCUACAGAAAAAGAUUAUGACAUUAAUUAAUAUUACAGUGACCAAUCUGAAAUCAGCAAAUUCCAAAAAUUAUGCCAGUUUGAUUAAAAAAAAAAUCUUGUUAAAGUAUAAUUUGUAUCUGACAUGAAAUGAAUAUAUUUUGGUUUCCAACAAAGAAAAUAAACUCUUUUUUAAGUACAAACAUAUCAAUAUAUAUUGACUCCUUUAAAAACAAAAACAUUUAUAAAGUUACAAGACAAAAGAACUGACAAGAAGUAUCAUUAUUUGUUUAUUCUUAAUAAGAAACUUUUAACAUUGCAUAAUAAAGUAUAAAGGAUGAUGCAACUAUAUUGUUAAAGAAGAUACCAUCAAAGUUGAUAUUGUUUUUGUGGUAAAUGUAAAGCUUAUAUGUUAUAGUUUUGUGUGGUAUAGUUUUAUUUCUGGGUAUCAAAGCCACAUACUGUAAUUUGUUGUUGAAAGAGAAACAGGAGAAGCCAGAAAUAAACAAAGCAUUUUUGUUA